AUGGCGUUCCAACAACAACGUUCUCGCCCUCGCGUGCAACGCGAUUCGCACGAGGAUCACCACCACCAACAGGCUCUAAGCCAGACCGUGCCUCAUCGUGCGCCACUCGGAGCUGGGGCCCACCACUCGGAUCACGCGACGUCCUCGAUUAGCGCCGGUGCUGCCAGUGGCACUGACACGGGGGCGGGUACCGGCCACGGCGCUGCGGAAAACACCUCCUACGCGUCGUCACAUACGACCUGGCACGAGGACGACGAGGUGUUGCUCUUUGGGGGUGCAUCAGCCUCUGCUUCGGCCGCGGAUUCGUCAUCGUGGUACGCUCAAGGCAACGGCAGCGUGCUGACACCUCACGCGCCUCUAGCCGCCGGCGAUGACUGGACGCUCCUCUCGGCGCCGGCGCCCCAUCACCGCCACCACCAUCCGUAUCAACGCACGCUCUCACCCGCAGCGACCAGAUCAUCGACGAGCACUUCGACCAGUGCGACCUCCUCGUUCGAACUCGGCGCACGCGAAGGAGGCGACCUGUCCGUGUCGCUGUUCCCAGCCCACGACGGUAAUGGCCGCUUCCUCAGCCUCUCGUCCGACUCGCUCGUCAACUCGACCUUGUACGAUCGAGCCGAAUCCUCGACCCAGGCCUCGUCCGACGCCAACUCGUCCUCGUUCGUUCGGACUCGUCGUCAUCGACCGAGGCCGAUCGCGAGUGAUGAUGGCUCGCAGUGGAGCGACGUCGCCGAUCCCGAUUCAGCAGAGUAUAUGCGCCGGCCCCCCACAUCCCGCUCUGCCUCCGCCGCCGCCCCCACGCACGCCUCGUCGUCGCUCAGCGCCAGUUGGGCCUUGACCGAAGCCGCGCUGUCGACGAUCCCGGACGCUUCGAUCGGCAGGCGCAUUGUGCUACGUCGUCCUGAAGACCGAGUCGUACAAGAGGAGGUGGAGCAAGAGGACGAAGAUCCGCAGUCGGCCGGGUUCACGUCCGAUUCGAGCGUCGAGGACGAGAAUCUCCCUCCUCGAGAGCGUAGACGUCGAGCAGCGUCGAGGAGGGCGGCGACACCUACGGCGCGACUCAUCCCGGUCGCUCCACUUCAAUCUCGCGAAGACGAGGAGGAAGAUAUGCUCUGCCGUACCCCAGGAGCCGAGAGCGCGGGCUUGCACCUCAACUCUCGACGACAUCUCCGAGCCGUACCCUCGACCUACGAAGAGCAUCGCACCCACGGCCGCCUACACAGCAGUCAACGCUCGCGCGAGGCUUACCCUUCCCCACCACCCGAGGAUCGUCUCUCGGCGUCCAAGUCUUCGGUCAAACGACGACAUCGACAGUCGGGUCGGUCGGGGUCGUCGCAGAAGCGCAGCAGUACCAGUGGCUCCAUCCGCCACGCUUCGGUCCGUCAUGCGAGUGUCGCAAGCACGAUGCCGACGAUCGCGCAGCUUUUGGAGGAGAAGCAAAUGGCCGAAGCGAGGCGCGAGGAGGUACAGAACCAGAUCUGGUUGGGCUCCCUCGUCACGGGAAAGACGAUGGGCAUCGAUGCCGAGACGCUCGAAAUGGUCGCUGCUGCUGAACCUUUGACUCCUGAAGCGACGCCGACGCCUUCGAGGGUCGCUUCGCCUCGUCUUCGUAAUCGCACGCCCGAGCUCGGGGACGCGCAUGGGAUUGCUGCGCUGAUGAGGCAUGCCGAGCGGGAGCUGGGUACGGAGGCGUCCAAGAUCUUUCAAAUGCAUGAGGCCGAGGACGAGUCGGAGGAGGAGGAAGAGGAGGGCGAGACCGAUACCGAACAAUCCUCGUCUAAGUCCCCCACGGUCGCUUGGCAUCGUACGACCGAGCCCCUCGUCUUUGCUCCUCGGCAUGCUACCAUCCCGAACGAGGCUGUCUCUUUAAUCGAGGCAUCGAGGGAAAACCCAUCUCGAUCUCUGUCAACCUCCUCGCUACCGAUGUACCUCGCGGACCAUUCCCUCAAAGCCUCCUCGGGUCGUCUAGGCCCCCUCACGAGUACCUCCCCCGCCAACUCUGAGGAUCCGGUGUCAGACCCGCUCCGUCUACGGCGUCGUACAACGUCGUUCACCAACUCGCUGAAUUCGAACUCGGAUGAAUCGCCUUGGGGUGGGGAGUUUGAUGGGCUCGAAGCGGCGAUCGUGUAUUGGAGGAGUUUGUGGAGGAGGAUCAGGGGGUUGAGUGCUUGA